UCUGGGAGUUGUAGUUCUGACCCCUUCCCGAACUCUGUGGCCGGGCGGCGGCUCCGAAAUCCGAGGCGGUCCACCACCUUUGGCUUGAAGGAUGGAUCCGGGGCCUGACGCGGUGCCUCUGGCUGGCCUGGCCUGGUCGUCGGCCUCGGCGCCCCCGCCGCGGGGAUUCAGCGCGAUCUCCUGCACCGUGGAGGGGGCGCCCGCCAGCUUCGGCAAGAGCUUCGCGCAGAAAUCUGGCUACUUCCUGUGCUUCAGUACCCUGGGCGGUCUGGAGAAUCCGCAGGAGAACGUGGUGGCCGAUAUCCAAGUCCUGGUGGACAAGAGCCCCCUCCCGCCGGGCUUCUCCCCGGUCUGCGACCCCCUGGACUCCAAGGCCUCUGUGUCUAAGAAGAAGCGCAUGUGUGUGAAGUUGGUGCCCCUGGGGGCUGCGGACACAGCUGUGUUUGAUAUCCGGCUGAGCGGGAAGACCAAGACGGUGCCUGGAUACCUCCGAAUAGGGGACAUGGGUGGCUUUGCCAUCUGGUGCAAGAAGGCACAGGCCCCUCGGCCAGUGCCCAAGCCCCGAGCUCUCAGCCGGGACAUGCAGGGCCUGUCCUUGGACCAACCCAGCCAGCCCAGCAAGGGCGGCUUCCCAGAGGGGACAUUGUCGAGACUGGGUUCCAGGGCCUCCACCCUGCGGAGGAGUGACUCCAUCUACGAGGCCUCCAACCUCUAUGGCAUCUCAGCCAUGGAUGGGGUUCCCUUCACGCUGCACCCCCGAUUCGAAGGCAAGAGCUGCGGCCCUCUGGCCUUCUCUGCCUUUGCUGAUCUGACCAUCAAGUCGCUGGCAGACAUUGAGGAGGAGUACAACUACGGCUUCGUGGUGGAGAAAACAGCAGCUGCACGCCUGCCCCCCAGCAUGUCGUAGCCCCUUCCUGUCCCAGGGAAGGGGCCCCUGCCCCACACCCCCAGGACUGGCAGCUGCCCCACCCUAGCUCAUGUUGGGGACCUUGGCAGCACAGGGCAUUCUGGACCCUCAGCCCCUGGGGAGCUGCUGGCCCGAUGGGGGUGGACCUGGCUGCUUGAUGGGGUCUCCUGCCCCAGGCCCUGUAGGGCAGAGGUGGGGCGAGAUGGAAACCGGUGCCUUCACGUCAUUUGUGUCAAGACUGUCUGGUGCCCGGAGGCCACAGGCUGUCCUCUGGGCAAUAAACACUAUGCCGUCUGC